CUUCGAAGACCAAUUGACAUACACCACCAAGCUCCUCACGAUAUCACGCCUGCAGUGCCUUCGCGAUGGCGACAACAAGACUCUCCUCUCGAAUUUUUAGAUCAUGGCGGUCGCUCAGCAAUUCCACCAUAUGCAAUCGUUGUCAGCAGACACGGAGGACGGCCGCUACCCAAGCAGCCGUCGCGCAGGGACCUGACCAAGACCUUGAAGAGAUGUCCUCAAUAUCACAACCCGGGGACUGGGACGCUCAAGCCAGAGACUUUGAUCCAGUGAAGGUUGCCAGAGGGCGAAAGCGACAGUUACCUCAUAGCAGAUACCAGUUUCGCAGCCCGAAAUACGAUCGCGGACCUCUACACCCUCACCAGCCGCUCCCUCCCUCCGAUCCUGCCAGUCGAGAAUUCGUUCCUGGGCCGUUCUCCUCCCCUCGAGUCGAACAAGCAUACCACAGCAUCAUCGCACCCGACUUCAUGACAAUGUGCUAUCAACAUACACCUCCUGGCUUCAGACCCCUUGAGAAAGGUGCUCGAUUACGUCCAUGGAUAGGUGACUCUCCUUACUUUGCGAAUAGGCCGUUGCGUGGCCCUCGCGGUGGAGAUGUCCUGCGGCUCUUGAGAAAGCCUAUCACGUUCCGAAACGUCCCUAUGGUCGAGCGAGUCACUGUGCAUGCGUACGUCAAGGGGGCGCUGAAGGGUGGCUCAUCACAUUUGCAUGUAGCAGGCAUGGUAUUACAAGCAAUCACAAACCAGCGUGUUCAGAUCCACCGAGCGAGAACGAAUGAAGCCGGUUGGGGCGUCAUCAAGGGCAAGCCGUGCAGUAUGACUGUGGAUUUGAAGGGGGAGGACAUGUAUCACUUUCUGGGCAAGUUGAUCGAUGUGGUGUUACCGCGCAUCAAGGAUUGGAAUGGUGUGAGAGCAACGACGGGUGAUAACAGUGGGAAUCUCUCGUUUGGUCUCAAUCCAGAAGUGGUUUCUGGCUUUCCCGAGAUCGAAGUCAACUACGAUGCUUAUCCUGGAAAGAUGGUGCCGGGCUUGUACAUUACCAUUCACACAACAGCCAGCUGCGACAAGGAUGCCAGGCUCCUUCUUCAACAACUUGGCGUCCCCUUCUACGGCAAGAUUGUUGACUAGAUGGUUUACCUUGGCCGACUCGAUCAAUCCCUCCGAGCAAGUCUGCCACGUCUCCGACAUCGGGUUUCCCAUGCUGAACGGUCAUUGAUUGAGCGCUUCGCCGAGAGACCUGCUCGUCUUCCCGUCACCGACCCAGUGCGAAUGAGGAAUCGAUGCAUCAAAGCGCAUCCCACGACAAGGUCAUUCAUCAGCUAGACUUCUCCGGUUAGCCCUCGGGCAGGUGGUCCAACAAAAGAGCAUCUCUCCCCUUCGAGCGGCUGUUUGUAUAGUAUGUAAGACAGUUCCUUGAGGUGGAUCUCUACAGUGCUCAAUGUGAGCAUGUGGAUGUCGAUUGACCAUGUAAAAUACCACACAUAUUUUCAUGACCAAAGAUUUUGAGUAUAAGAUCAAAUUACAUCGCUGCCUUCACAUAGCGAUAAUCACUCUGG